AGAUGGUGGGUUGAGUAGAGAGAUGGAGGUGUGAAUAGAGAGAUGGAGGGUUGAAUAGAGAGAUGGUGGGUUGAAUAGAGAGAUGGAGGGUUUAAUAGAGAGAUGGAUGGAUGAAUACAGAGAUAGAGGGAUGAAUAGAGAGAUGGAUGGAUGAAUAGAGAGAUGGAGGGAUGAAUAGAGAGAUGGAUGGAUGAAUAGAGAGAUGAGGGGUUGAAUAGAGAGAUGGAUGGAUGAAUAGAGAGAUGGAGGGUUGAAUAGAGAGAUGGAGGGUUGAAUAGAGAGAUGGAGGGAUGAAUAGAGAGAUGGAGGGUUGAAUAGAGAGAUGGAGGUGUGAAUAGAGAGAUGGAGGGUUGAAUAGAGAGAUGGAGGGUUGAAUAGAGAGAUGGGGUGUGAAUAGAGAGAUGGAGGAUUGAAUAGAGAGAUGGAGGGAUGAAUAGAGAGAUGGAGGGAUGAAUAGAGAGAUGGAGGGUUGAAUAGAGAGAUGGAGGGUUGAAUAGAGAGAUGGAGGUUUGAAUACAGAGAUUAAUGGAUGCAUAUAGAGGUGGAUGGAUGAAUAGAGAGAUAGAGGGUUGAAUAGAGAGAGGGAUGAAUGAAUAGAGAAAUGGAUGGAUGAAUAGAGAGAUAGAGGGUUGAAUAGAGAGAGGGAUGAAUGAAUAGAUAGAUGGAUGGAUGAAUAGAGAGAUGGAUGGAUGAAUAGAGAGAUAGAGGGAUGAAUAGAGAGAUGGAUGGAUGAAUAGAGGGAUGGAGGGAUGAUGGAAUAUAAAGGGGAGGUACAUUACUGGAAGGAAUACCAUCCUUAUUUACAUAAUCACACUUCUCUUCCCUCUGUGUGUGUGUGUGUGUGUGUGUGUGUGUGUGUGUGUGUGUGUGUGUGUGUGACAGCUAACCGGGCGCAGAGCGGGGCACCAACCAGCUCUCAGACAGGAGAUGCCCUGGGGAAGGCUCUUGCUUCGAUCUACUCUCCAGACCACACGAACAACAGUUUCUCGUCCAACCCGUCGACCCCUGUCGGCUCUCCCCCCUCACUCACAGCUGCUAGUUCUGCUAUGUGGUCCAGGAACGGAGGACAAGGUCCUUCCUCCCCCAACUAUGAGGCUCCUCUACACUCUCUGCAGAGUCGUAUCGAGGACCGCCUGGAGCGCCUGGACGAUGCCAUCCACGUGCUGCGGAGUCACGCGGUCGGCCCCUCCACGGGCGUGCCCGGCGGGCACCAAGACAUGCACAGCCUCAUCGGAGCAGCACACAACGGGGCCAUGGGAGGACUGGGCACUGGGUACGGCACGGGACUCCUCUCUGCCAACCGACACUCAAUCAUG